CGCGGGCGGGCGCGCCGGGCCGUCAGCGGCCAGGGCGCUGCUCGUGGCGGGCGCGGUGGUCGCGGCCUCGCUGGCCGGCUGGGGGACCCGCGGCCGCGACCCCUUCCUGCGCCCGGGCCUCGGCCUCGACCGGUCCUCCGGGCUCGCGGCCAGCGCCGUGCGGCCCUCGGCGGCGGGCACGCAGGGGGGGUCCGGCGGCGCCUUGCCCGAGGGCGCGGCGCGCGCGGCGGGUUGGGAGCCAAGGCGCGCGGGUGAGCAGGGCGUCCAGCCUGCGAGGCUGAUCGAUCUGAGUGCCUCUCCUGAGAUAUUGAGUUUGGUCGGCAGGGUAUCUGGCCUGCACGAUAGCCUCAACAAGCUCUUGCAGACGGUGGUUGCGAUGGAGCUCGUCUACGAGGACCUGGACGCCUCAAACAGCUUGGCCAGCGCAACUGUCAGCGAGGCCAGUGGCAGCGAGGCCAUCGCAACGGGAAGCAUGGUCAACGCUACAGACAACUUGGCCAACGCCAGUGGCAGCGAGGCCGACGCCGCAGACAGCGUGCCCAACGCCAGCUCGGCAAAUGCCAGGGGCAGCGAGGCCACCGCGAGCCCUGAGGCUGAUGCAACGGAUAGCGAUGCCAGUGGAAGCGAGUCCAGCGACACGGGCACCGAGACAAAUACCAUUGGCAGCGAGGCCACCGCCACGGUCAGCGUGGUCAGCUCUACACACAGCCUGGCCAAUGCCGCGGACGGUGAGGCCAACGCCACUGGCAGCGAGGCCAGUGGUGGUCAGGUCAGCAGCGUGAACAGCAAGGCCAGUAGCAGCGAGGCCGAUGCCGCAGGCAACAUGCGCAACUCCACGCCCGGCCCGUCACCCAGCCCGACGCCCAGCCCCACGCCUAGCCCGACGCCCAGCCCCACGCCUAGCCCGACGCCUCGCCCGUCGUCCAGCCCGACGCCCAGCCCGACAGCCAGCCCGACGCUCAGCCCGACGCCGAGUCCCACGCCCAGCCCGACGCCCAGCCCCGCCAAUGCCACUGGCAGCGAGGCCAACGCGAGCCCUGAGGCCGACGCCACGGGUAGCGAUGCCAGUGGAAGCGAGUCCAGCGACACGGACACCAAGACAAACAUCAUUGGCAGCGAGGCCAACGCCACGGUCAGCGUGGUCAGUUCCACAGACAGCUUGGCCAACGCCGCUGGCGGUGAGGUCAGUGGAAGCGAGGCCAGCAGCAUGGGCAGCAAGGUGAGGACCAUGUGGCAGCGAGGCCACUGGCAGCGAGGCCAGUGGCAGCCAGGCCAGUGGCAGACGGACAGCGAGGCCAGUGGCAGCGAGGCCAACGCCACGGGUAGCGAGGUCAAGGCCGCAGGCGCCGAGCUCAGCGGCACGGGCAUCGUCGUUAACGAUACUGGCAGCGCUGUCAAUGUCAUUGGCGGGACCGAAUGGCGAUGGCAGUGGCGCAAUCUAAUAUCUGGUGGUGCUGACAAUGGCACAGGCAACGCUGCAAGCCGCAUGGGCAAUUUGGCCAAUGCCAUUGGCGGAGUGGCCCAACUUAGUGGCGGUGCGGCUAAAGCCACUGGCUCCAGCCAGUGACUCGGUCUUGACGCAGUCAGCGCGAGCAGUAAGGCGAACUGUCCUGGUCGAACCCCCUGACACGCCAGUCUAGCGCCGCCGGUUCCAGGUUCUUUGUUGUCCCCAGUGCAUCGAAUUCACUUGCACUUGCAGGUAAUGUGGGCUGGUGAUCUGGAAGCUCCCAGUCGAGCCCAGCAGCUCUUUGGGGCGGUGUCUGGGGCGUCCUGGGUUCACAAUUGCCUUGUCGCCCUCGUCUAAUCAUCACACACGCGCUCGGCAUGUCAAAUAUAGCCCCUGGCUGGUGGCCACCUCGCCGAGUCGAUCGAUUCAUUAUGCCUGGCCAGGAGCACGCGCCAGGGCCUGGCCUGGCAUUGUACUCAGCAUGGGCCUCGACUGGACUGGUGCCGGUGACCUGGCGCCUGUCGAGGCGGCGUGGUCGCAGAGUCCGCCUCAGAAGAAGUAGCAGUAGCAGCUACAGCUCAGUUAUGCAGCAGGCAGUUUGUUGACUAAGGCAUCACUGACCCCGUCAAACAUUCGUCAUGCUGUCUGUAUCACUUGGCGCUGGCACAAGUCAAGCGUCUUAUCGAGACACAUUUGUAUAUUGGGUCAGCGUUGAAUGUUCAAGGUGAGGUCGUGUGCCAGUAUCCAUCGAUCGUCGAAAGUAGGCACUCCUUGGAUUCCCAU